AUGGCGACCGGCCUGCUUCUGUUUGUAUGCCUGUUGUCCAUCGGCCAUGUCAACGCUGGCAUUGCCGGCACUGACGAUGAGUGUCCGCCUGACAAUUUCAGGUGUGAAGGUAGAGAAGAAUGUUUCCACUCUUCGUACCAAUGUAACGGUAACGAGGAAUGUGGGGACGGUUCAGAUGAGGAGGAUUGCUUGAGCAAAGAGUGUUUCUUUCCCGAUGCUUUCAAGUGUGAAAGUAGCGGAAUCUGUGUGCGUCCAGCUGAGAAACAAUGUGACGGUUACAAUAAUUGUCCGGACGGUUCAGAUGAGGAAGAUUGCUUGAGCAAAGAGUGUUCAAACGCCGACUAUUUUAAGUGCGAAAGUAACGGAUUAUGUUACAGUCCAGGUUUCAUAUGUGACGGCAAUGAAGAUUGUCCAGACGGUUCAGAUGAGGAAGAUUGCUUGAGCAAAGAGUGUUUCUAUUCCGACUAUUUCAAGUGCGAAAGUAGUGGAAUCUGUGUCUAUCCAGAGCUCCAUUGUAACGGUAACGUUGAUUGUCCAGACGGUUCAGACGAGGAUUAUUGUUGGAGCAAAGAGUGUCCCAAUCCCGACGAUUUUAGGUGUGAAAGUAGCGGAGCGUGUCUCUUUUACUUAAAUCAUUGUGAUGGUGACGUUCAUUGUCCCGAUGGUUCAGACGAGAAUGGUUGCCGGGACAAACCGUGUCCCUUCUUCGGCGACGUCAGGUGUGAAGACGGGACCGAUGAGGAAGACUGCUUGAGCAAAGAGUGCCUCAACCCCGACGACUUCAGGUGCGAAAAAAAACAAUGUGACGGUCACGUGGACUGUACAGUAGACGGUUCAGACGAGAGAUUUUGCACACCGGAUGACUGCCCCUUGCCCAACAUUUUCUGUGGACCCGGUUCCUGCAUCAAUGAGACGAAGCGCUGCGAUGGAGUCGCCGACUGUCACGACCAGUCCGACGAGAGUGACUGUGGUAAGCUCACGUUCUGCUAA